AUGCCGCCGAAGCGGGGGGCCUACAAGGUCCGCAGGAGGGUCGAUGAGGGCGCCCAAGGCUCCGGGGCUAGCAAGCCGUCCAGCUGGUCGGGCGCGCCCGCUCCGGACGACAAGGGGCGCGUGGCGACGCACGUCCACAUCGAGAACGACGAGACGGGCGAAGCGAUGGUCUACGUCUUCGCCCAGCCGCCCCCGGACGACCUCCUGUGUCCCCUGUGCCGCGACAUCCUCCGCGACGCAACGGUGACGGCCCACGGGAACACCUUCUGUUUCGAGUGCAUUUUAACCGAGAUAAGGAAGUCGGGCACGGACCCCGCGGCCCGGAAACCUCUGACGGAGGCCCAGCUGAGCUCCAACCUCCUGGCGCGCUCCAUGGUCGACGAGCUCGAGGUGCUGUGCCCGUACGGCGUGAAGCUGGGCGACGACGGAUGGGAGGAGGACCCCGACGGCUGCCCCGAGGUCCUGCGCUUCGGCAUGAGACGCCCGCACCUGCGCACCUGCGGCUCCGCGCCCACCGUGUGCCCCCUAGGAGGCGAGGACUGCGGGCCGGUGCUGCGCGACGACAUGGAGUGGCACUUGGAGGAGGAGUGCGGGCACGUGGGGCCGGCGAAGAAGAUGGUGCGCAGGAUCCGGAAGGGACGCGAGCGGCAGGACAAGCAGCUGGUGGAGGACAUCCUGAUCUGGACGACGAUCGCGGUGGUUGUGUUGCUCGGGCUGCUGAUGACGGACCACUUCGGGCACGUGAUCCGCCAGGCGGCGGAGCCCCUGCUGCUGGUCGCGGCGGUGCCCAUCUUCGCGGCUGGCGUGGUGCUCGUAGCGCACUUCUGGUACGGGGUGUGA